AUGAAGGUUCCACCAAGUUAUUGUUACGAAGAAAAAGAAAAGGCAGAGUGCUUGGAGGCUUGUGUUGGUCUGGAUACUUGUUACGGAGUUUUAGCAGUAUGGAUAGGAGCGCCGGAUAUCAUGGCUGCAACUUGUGGUGAAUUGGUCAUGGCUUAUGGUAUGAUGGUUAGUAGGACUUAUAUUUGGUGUUGUGGAUCAUUUGUGGCUCAUUGUGUGCAUGAAAAGGAAUGGCUUGUUAGGUCGUGCCCCUUGGAGAAUUCUUGGUUGAAGUUUUGGGCUCAUGGCAGCUUGCCUUAUUUUCACUUUUUGCAAGUGUUUUUAAUUGUAAUUUGGACUUAG